AUGGUCCAGGAAGAUGAUGAAAGUGACAUGAUGUUGAUGUGUGAACUCAUGGAUGAGGAGGAUCCAGUUCUUCAAGUAUCGGCUAAAGAAAUUGUCGAGCUCCGUGAAGAAAAAGUUCGCUCCCAAGAUUAUGGUUCGGAAACUCGUGUCGAUGUUACAGAUGCAGGAGAUGAUUCCGAAACUUGCGUUGAUGCUACAGAUACAUAUAUCACUUUGUCUGACAAAGAUAAAACAGCGUACGUGACGCCUGAAGUCCACGAAGCACAAUAUGCUGGUGCUAGAUUGGAUGCAUCCCCACUAGAGCAUGCGAUGUACAAGAGAGGUGAAGGAAGGGAUCGUCUACUAGUUGGCAUCUACGUCGACGACAUGUUGAUAACUGGAGCAGAUGAAGAGGUCGGCCCCCGCGGCAGGCUCCCACUCGAGGUGGUCGAUGGCUACGGCCAGGAGCCCGCUGCCACCGAGGCUGAGCUCAUCGGCAUCGGCGGAGAUGACAUGGUCCGUGUCGGCGGCGGACCGGCCCAAAUCGUUUGGGCCUUGACAGCCCAGCAGACCGACCCAGAACCGCUCUGGCUAACUUUACUUGACCCCGGAGCCCUCUGGCCCUUCCACCUCCCCUCCCCAUCGCCGACCGCCAUGGCCGCCGACCCUAGCUCCGACCUCGCCAACGGGGCCCCGGCCCCGGCCCCCGCCCCCGCCGCCGCGGGCGCCGACAAGAAGAAGUCGCGCGAGAGCGAGCGCCGCCGCCGCCGCCGGAAGCAGAAGAAGAGCAAGGCGCCCGCUUCCGACGCCGCCGCCACGGACGCCGACGCGGCCGCAGAUGCCGAGGAGGACAAGCCCGACUCCAAGCCCCCGGUGGAGAUCGAGGUGGAGUACGUGCCGGAGGAGCCCGACCUCGCCGACGGCCUGCUCGCCGACUUCAAGAGCAUCUUCGACAAGUUCACCUUCAAGGAGCCCGUCGCCGCCGAGGAUGGGGAGAAGAAGGACGAGGCCGCCGACGCCGCGAAGAAGGGGUCGGGGUCCGACUCGGACGACGACGAGCAGGAGACCCAGCAGAAGAAGAAGGAAGGGGGCAUCUCCAACAAGAAGAAAAAGCUGGAACAAAGGAUGAAGAUUGCGGAGCUGAAGCAGAUAUGCAACAGGCCCGACGUUGUCGAAGUUUGGGAUGCGACUGCGUCAGAUCCGAAGUUACUUGUCUAUCUGAAGUCUUACAGGAACACAGUACCUGUCCCAAGGCACUGGUCCCAAAAGAGGAAAUUCUUGCAGGGCAAGAGAGGUAUCGAAAAACAACCUUUCCAACUUCCUGACUUCAUUGCUGCAACUGGAAUAGAAAAAAUAAGACAGGCAUAUAUCGAGAAAGAGGAUAGCAAAAAGUUGAAGCAGAAGCAGCGGGAGCGUAUGCAGCCAAAAAUGGGCAAGAUGGAUAUAGAUUAUCAGGUUUUACACGACGCCUUCUUCAAAUAUCAAACAAAACCAAAAUUGACUAGUCAUGGUGACCUUUACUACGAAGGGAAAGAGUUUGAGGUCAAACUUAGGGAAAUGAAGCCAGGUAUGCUGUCCCGAGAACUUAAAGAAGCUCUUGGUAUGCCAGAAGGUGCACCGCCUCCAUGGCUUAUAAACAUGCAGAGAUAUGGUCCUCCGCCCUCUUAUCCUUCACUGAAGAUUCCUGGUCUGAAUGCCCCAAUUCCUCCUGGUGCUACUUUUGGUUACCGGCCCGGGGAAUGGGGAAAGCCUCCUGUGGAUGAGCAUGGACGCCCCCUCUACGGAGAUGUUUUUGGUAUCCUACAGCUGGAUGAACCUAAUUAUGAUGAGGAGCCUGUUGACCGCAGCAAGCAUUGGGGAGACUUGGAGGAGGAAGAGGAGGAGGAGGAGGAAGAUGAGGAGGAAGAGGAGGAGGAACUAAUGGAAGAUGAAGACAUGGAAGCUGGCAUGCAGUCUGUCGACACCAUGUCAAGCACUCCCACUGGCGUGGAAACACCUGACGUCAUUGAUCUUCGGAAGCAACAGAGGAAAGAGUCUGAAAGGCCAACAGAUAAGCAGUUAUACCAGGUUCUUGAGCAGAAGGAGGAGAAAAUCGCACCUGGAACCCUCUAUGGGUCAAGCCAUACAUAUGUGGUUGGGGCACAGGAUAAGGCUGGGGUUAAAAGGGUUGAUCUCCUCAAGAAUCAAAAGUCCGACAAAGUGGACGUCACCAUACAUCCCGAGGAGCUCGAAGUUAUGGACGAUGUUCUGGCAGCCAAGUAUGAAGAAGCCCGGGAGGAGGAGAAGCUACGGAACCAGAAGGAAGAUUUCAGCGACAUGGUGGCGGAGAACGCGAGCAAGAGGAAGAGGAAGCACGAGAAGGACGGGAAAUCUUCCAAAAAGAAGGACUUCAAGUUCUAGACGGCGCUGUUUUGUUACCGUUCCUCUUCCGCUUCCCAGGAGGAGGAUGUUUCCAUUUCUUCCUGUAGCCUGUACUCUACUCUAAAUCAAGCUGUGUAUGUAUACUUAGCCUCUGGCAAAUGUUGAAGUGCUGGAUGAGAAGGCCUGAUGAAAAAGGAAGUGAAGCUGUAAUCCAUGCAUGAGAACAAAUUGUGAUGUUAAAUGUGACUGCUAGCAUUAAUCCAUUGCUGUCAUGAAGAGUAA